AUGAAAGGGUUCAAUCUCAAGACGAAAAAAUGGACCGAUCUCUCCAUUGAUCGCUUUUCGGAAAUCCAGUGGAAUAUCGGCGCAUUCGAGAGUCUCGUCAUCAGCAGAAAGAUGAAACGCCUGAUCCAAGCCCUCAUAACGAACCAAAUCGAGGCGGAACAUUCAACCGACAUCAUCAGUGGCAAAGGCAACGGGAUCAUCAUGCUUCUUCACGGCGGCCCAGGCACGGGUAAGACCCUAACGGCGGAGAGCGUAGCCGAGAUUGCAAGAAAGCCGCUGUACCCUGUCACAUGCGGUGAUAUUGGUACAGAGCCGCGCGACGUGGAGAAGUAUCUCGAAUCAGUUCUCCACCUAGGUAAGACCUGGGGCUGCGUGGUUUUACUAGAUGAGGCCGAUGUCUUUCUCGAACAGCGCAGCCUUGAGGAUCUCAAGCGGAACGCUCUGGUCUCUGUUUUCCUCCGGGUCCUUGAAUACUACGACGGCAUCCUGAUACUUACAAGCAACCGAGUCGGGACGUUUGAUGAAGCUUUCAAGUCGCGAAUCCAACUUGCGAUUCACUAUACCAAUCUGACAACGCACCAACGGACGAUGAUUUGGGGCAACUUUUUCCGACGCCUGAAGGACAUGAGUGACGAGGACAUCGACUUUGUGGAUCUCGAGGACCACAUCGAGGAUUUGGCCCAACACAAGAUGAACGGGCGUGAGAUUCGCAAUGUGAUCACGACGGCACGGCAGGUUGUCAGGUGGGAAAGAAAGCAGCAGAAGGAGCCAUCUUACUCGCUGAACUACAAAGUGAUGGACGAGGUUAUCGAGACGUCUCGCAAAUUCGACAGUUAUAUCGAGAAGCUGAAUAUGGGAAUGAGCCAUGACGAGCUGGCUGAAAACGAGGGACUGCGAUUGGCAAAAGAGGCAUGA